AAUCAUUUAUAUACAUUCCUUUAAAUGACGUGACGGAAAAACGGGGAAAGAAGAACGAUGGAUUUCUUUAGACGGGACGAGAGAACCUGCCGUUCCGAUGACUCUAACGGUGAAAUCUUUAAGAAUGUUCCGAAGAACAGCAGCACAUUUCGUAUUUGGAAAAUUGAGGGUUUACGAGUCACAGCCAUUACAGGAAGUAAUAUGGGAUAUUUCCUCUCAGAGUUGGCAUACAUUAUCUACGCGGUGUCGUCAAAAGACGGCCCACUCCCUUAUCCUGGAAUGCCGGUUAAAGAGUUAAAGUCGGCCACAGUAGUCCGUGUAAUUCAUUUUUGGAUUGGAUCCUCAUGCGACUCUACAAUCUCGGGGGCAGCCGCCCUUCGAGCAGCUGAAUUGGACUCGCAAGUAUCUGCCACGAUACUAUCGAGGGAGGCUCAAGGACGAGAAAGUUCUAGAUUUUUGGCCUAUUUCCGUCAACAUCUCGUUAUCGAAAAUUUUCACUUUGAAACACCAUCAUGCAAAUUGCAUAGAGUAACUGGCGUAGCAAUUCCUAUCCUAACGGAACUUGAGAAAGUUCAUUGGGACUAUUUCAGCUCGCGGGAUGUUAUUCUUAUAGAAAUUAUAUCGCUGGGUAUCGUAUUCCUCUGGCUGGGAUCAUCAGCAGACCCACUGCAUAAACGACACGCUGUCACUAUAUUGGAAAUGAGAAAAAAAAAUAACGGUCGUAUCAUCAUUGUUGACGAUGGAUAUGAACAGACACUAUCUGAAGGAGAUAGACGGCUGUUCGCCGGUAUUUUAGACCCUUCUAUUAGGGCAGUUAAACCUGAUCGCCUUUACCGAGUUAAUAUGCCAAGUCCAGUUAAGUUGUAUAGAUGCAGCGAACAAUCUGGUAAAUACAAGGUUGCAGAACUGAAAUCUGGACCGAUUCUUCGAUCAGAUCUUACCUCUGAAGCUGUUUAUUUAAUUGACCGUGGUGAAACUGGUGUUUGGGCUUGGGUUGGGCGUGAUGUAAACGCACGAGAAAAGUUAGAAGCAAUCCGCAAUGCACGCGGGUUCGUAAAAAAAAAAAAUUAUAGCAACGGUGUAUCGGUACAAAGAGCACUUGAAGCUUGUGAACCAAUGGAAAUGAAGGCUCUCAUUAGAGGAUGGGAACCAGCGAAAACAAGACCGCUUACUUUGCCACCAAAUUUUGACCCUGAUUAUAUGAAUGAAAGACCUAAAAUGGCUACUGCAUGUCAAUUAGUAGAUGACGGAUCUGGUAAAAGAACUCUUUGGAGAGUAACUGAUAAGGAAGGAAUGAUUCAAGUGGAUGAUAAAGGAAUAUAUUACGCGGAAGCUUGUUACGUAAUGUGCUAUAAAUACGGUCAAGGACGUAGGAGUAGAACAAUUAUUUAUUAUUGGGAAGGAGUCCAUUCUAUAAAUGCAGAUAGAGAAGCUGCUUUAGAAACAGCUUGUCAUUUAUCAGAAGAUACCUCUAGCCAGUUAGUAAAAGCAUACCAAGGUAGAGAACCACCUCAUCUAUUGCAAAUUUACGAUGGAAAAUUAAAAAUACUCGCUGGAAGGCAUCGUGAUUCUCCUCCAGAGAAGUAUCUUGUUAGAGUUUUUGGGUCUACUCCUUAUACAUCUAAAGCAGUUGAACGGCCUUUGAGAUCCAGUAGCCUCGAUUCUAGUGGAGUUUUUAUUCUAUUUUCUAAUCCAUCUGUAGUAUGGUGCGGCGGCAAAAGUACUGGCGACGCUAGGCAAGCAUCUAGACGUCUUGCGCCUAGGAAUGCACCUCUAAUAACUGAAAAUAAUGAAGAUAACGAUUUCUGGACAGAACUCGGAGGUAAAGGAACUUACGGCACAGAAAUUAUCGAUGACGGAGAAGAACUUGAGAAACAUUUAUACCAAUGUUUGACAGAUACUGAAAUGUUUGUUGGUGAAGAAGUUCUUGGAUUUGGUCAGAGCAGUCUACUUCCAGAAGCUGUUUGGUUAUUAGAUGCUGGAAAUGUAAUAUGGAUUUGGAUUGGAAGGUCUUCUGCUUCUAAAUCGUUAAAAGAAUGUGUACAUGAUGGAAUGAUAUUUUUGUUCACUCAUCCAGCUGGUCGAGAUCGAAAUACAACAAUUUCUAUAAUUAAACAAGGGAUGGAACCAUCAACAUUUAUUGGACUCUUUGAUAACUGGAAUUAUAAUUUAUUAAGAGAAUACAAAUCAUUUGAAACAUUUUGCAUGCUUUUGCAAGAUAAAGAAUUAUUACCGAAAAUACAAACAUUAUCUAAAUCAUCGAGCAACUUCGAUAAUUAUAUGAAGUUUCCUCUUUCUGUUUUAAAAGGUGACCCAGAAAAUUUACCAUCUGGUGUUGAUGUUGUUCAUAAAGAAAUGCAUCUUACUUUUGAUAAUUUCAUUGCAAUUUUUAAAAUGGAACCAGAAGAAUUCGCAAAACUUCCUGCUUGGAAAAGGCAAAGACUAAAACAAUCAGCAGGACUUUUUUAA